GGUGCCCGUGUGUUGACCUCGCUGUGUCCCUGCCACGUCUCCAGCAGGACUGAACUGCAGCUGCAGAAGCAACAAGUGGACCUUUCAAGAUGCAUACAAGGCUGCAAGAAAUGAAGGGAGAAACUGGAGAGACCAAUGAAGGGAGGAAGAAGCAUGUUUCCUGGGUUUAAUAGGAAAAACUUGCUUCCUGCAAACAACCGAAAAAACUGCCCUUGGAAACUGUUUCUUUGGCCCACAUGGAGCAGCUAGAACUUACACUGUGAGGCCCUUGACGGGACGAGCUCUCACCCCCUGAUCAGCCAGAGUGAUUGUCGCCAUGGCCAGCAAGAGGAAAUCCACCACCCCGUGCAUGAUCCCUGUGAAGACCGUGGUGCUGCAGGAGGCCAGUGCGGAGGCCCAGCCCGCCGAGGCGUUACCUGAAGGCCCCCAGCAGGAGCUGCCCCCUGAAGUGCCUGCUGGCAGCAGCGAGGCUGCCCAGACGUCGAGCAGUACUGACGGCCCCGCCCUGGCCAACGGGCACCGGAGCACUUUGGACGGCUAUUUGUAUUCCUGCAAAUACUGUGAUUUCAGAGCCCAGGACAUAACCCAGUUUGUGGGACACAUGAACUCAGAGCACACAGACUUUAAUAAGGAUCCAACUUUUGUAUGCACUGAAUGCAGUUUUCUGGCAAAAACUCCUGAGGGGCUUUCUCUGCACAAUGCUAAGAGUCACUCGGGGGAAGCCAGUUUUGUGUGGAAUGUGGCCAAGCCAGACAAUCAUGUGGUCGUGGAGCAGAGCGUCCCCGAGAGCACCUGUACUCCUGACCUAUCAAGUGAGCCUAACGCCGAAGGGACCGACGGACAGGCCGAAAUCAUCAUUACCAAAACUCCAAUCAUGAAGAUAAUGAAAGGCAAAGCCGAAGCCAAAAAAAUUCAUACGCUCAAGGAGAACAUCCCCAGUCAGCCUGUGGGUGACACAGCCUUACCAAACCCAUCGGCCGGGGAGACCGAGGCUAAGGAGGGGGACCACCCCUUUGUCAAUGGGGCAGUCCCGGUCAGUCAGCCAGCCACCAACUCGGCCAAAGGGCCGCAUGCGGCCAAUGGGCCCCUGCUGGGAGCGGUGCCGGUUCUGCCGGCUGGCAUAGCGCAGUUCCUCCCCCUGCAGCAGCCGCCUCCCCUGCAUGCCCAGCACCACGGCCAUCAGCCGCUGCCCACGUCCAAGUCCCUCCCCAAGGUGAUGAUCCCCCUGAGCAGCAUUCCCACCUACAAUGCGGCCAUGGACUCCAACAGCUUUCUGAAGAACUCGUUCCACAAGUUCCCCUACCCAACCAAAGCUGAGCUCUGCUAUUUGACUGUGGUCACCAAGUAUCCAGAAGAACAGCUCAAGAUCUGGUUCACAGCCCAGAGGCUGAAGCAGGGCAUCAGCUGGUCCCCUGAGGAGAUUGAGGAUGCCCGGAAAAAGAUGUUCAAUACGGUCAUUCAGUCCGUACCCCAGCCCACGAUCACCGUCCUCAACACGCCCCUGGUCGCCAACGCCGGCGGUGUCCAGCACCUCAUCCAGGCCGCCCUCCCGGGCCACGUGGUAGGGCAGCCGGAGGGCACGGCGGGCGGCCUGCUGGUCACUCAGCCGCUGAUGGCCAACGGGCUGCAGGCGCCCAGCUCGUCCCUGCCGCCCGCCGUCACCUCGGUGCCCAAGCAGCCCACCGUGGCAGCCGUCAACACGGUGUGCUCCAACACCACGUCGGCAGUGAAGGUGGUCAACGCGGCCCAGUCGCUGCUCACGGCCUGCCCCAGCAUCACCUCCCAGGCCUUCCUCGACGCCAGCAUCUACAAGAACAAGAAGUCUCACGAACAGCUGUCUGCCCUGAAAGGAAGCUUCUGUCGGAACCAGUUCCCGGGGCAGAGUGAGGUGGAGCAUCUGACCAAAGUGACUGGCCUCAGCACCAGAGAGGUGCGCAAGUGGUUCAGCGACCGCAGGUACCACUGCCGGAACCUGAAGGGCUCCAGGGCCGUGCUGCCCGGCGACCCUGGCGCUAUCGUCAUCGACCCCGGGCCCGAGGCGCCCUUCUCCCCGUCAUUGGCCAAGGCCCCCGAGGUGCCCUGCGUCCCACCGGCCGCCACCCUGGCCACCCCUCCUUCCGCCAGACGCCAGGCCUGGCACCAGACCCCUGACUUCACGCCAACCAAGUACAAGGAGCGAGCCCCCGAGCAGCUCAGAGCCCUGGAGAGCAGUUUUGCACAAAACCCCCUUCCUCCCGAUGAGGAGCUGGACCGCCUGAGGACUGAAACCAAGAUGACCCGGAGAGAGAUUGACAGCUGGUUCUCGGAGAGGCGGAAGAGAGUGAGCGCCGAGGACCCCAAGAGGGCUGACGAGGGCACUGCUCCAGAGGAGGAGGAGGACGAGGCGGGAGAGGAGGAGCUGGGCGGGGGGCCGAGGGUCCCCGGGGAAGACGGCCCCCUGGAAGGGCUCGGCAGCCGUGCGCUGGCAGAGCGCAAGGUCAGCCCCAUCAAAAUUAACCUUAAGAACCUGCGCGUCACCGAGGCCAAUGGGGCCAACGGCAGGAGUGAGCUCCCGGGGCCGGGGGCCUGCGAGCCCGAAGAGGAUGGGCCCGGCCAGCCGGCCGAGCAGCCCCCCGGCAAAGCGAGCUGCAAGAAGACGGCCCAGCAGCGGCACCUGCUGCGCCAGCUCUUCGUGCAGACGCGGUGGCCCAGCACCCAGGACUAUGACGCCAUCAUGGCCCAGACCGGCCUGCCGCGGCCUGAGGUGGUGCGCUGGUUCGGGGACAGCAGGUACGCCCUGAAGAACGGCCAGCUCAAGUGGUAUGAAGACUAUAAGCGGGGCAACUUCCCUCCAGGGCUGCUGGUCGUCACCCCUGGUAACCGGGAGCUGCUGCAGGACUAUUACCUGACGCACAAGACACUGCGUGAGGGGGACGUGCAGAGCCUCUGCGACAAGACCCAGAUGAGCUCCCAACAGGUCAAGCAAUGGUUUGCGGAGAAAAUGGGCGAGGAGACCCGGGCUGUGGCGGACACGGGCAGUGAGGACCAGGGCGCCGGCGAGCCUGCAGCCAUUCACCAAGGGAUGGGGGACGCGUAUUCGGAGGUGUCAGAAAACAGUGAGUCGUGGGAGCCCGGCGCCCCUGAGGCCAGCUCGGAGCCCUUUGACGCCCCAAGUCCCCAGGCUGGACUUCAGCUGGAAACAGACUGAAUUUGAACAGAUUACUU